UUGUCCAAACCUUGUAUCAAAAUAUAUCCCUGAACAAUACGACGAUCAUUCGCAAACUCCCCUUCGCAGGCUUCGCUCAAAGUAGUUCUAGCUUGCUUCAGCUAAAGCAAGAUCGUGGAUAUCAUACAGAAUUCAAGUCCUCUAAGUUUGUGAUAAGAAGCUCGAAUCUCAAAAGGCGGCCAUGGGCGAUUGGGAAUUUGUUUUCAUGGAAGAUGUGCAAGGGCAUAUCGAGGAACACGGCGUGUCUGGCAUUGAGGAGUUUUUCAAAAAGAAGCUGGAGAAAUGGCGGGAUGUCGAAAUCAAUAUUGGUGUAACUGGUGAUUCUGGUGUCGGAAAAUCAAGUUUCAUAAAUGCAAUACGAGGGCUGGCAGACGACGACGAGGGGGCUGCGGAGACUGGUGUCAAGGAGACGACAAGGGUCGCUGCUAAAUACCCUCAUCCCACGAACGAUAAGAUAUUCUUCUGGGACUUGCCUGGCAUCGGCACUCCAAACUAUCCAGACCUUGAAACCUACUCUGAAAAUGUUGGCUUGGAGAAAUACGACACUUUCCUCAUUCUAACCGCUGGACGCUUCACGGAGAAUGAUCUGGCUUUGACCAAAAAGGUGACAGCCAUCGGCAAGUCAUUCUUCUUAAUACGUACCAAAAUCGAUCAAGACUACACAAACGAGAGACGAAAGAAAAAUUUCAGCGAAGAGAUGAUGCUUGCGACAAUCAAGAAUGAUUGUUUCGAGAAUUUGAAAGGUUUUUCAGGCGCCAACAGGGUCGUGUUCUUGAUCAGCAACCCAUACCCUGCUAAGUGGGAUUUUGGUCGUCUCACUCAAGCGAUUCUUGACGUAUUGCCGUUUCGUCAAAGAGAAAGUCUUACACUGUCGUUAGGCGUGUUGACCAGCCUUUCUACAGAUAUGUUGAAAAGAAAAGCUGAUCUUCUUCGAGGUCGAAUUUGGAUGAUUGCGUCAGCGUCGGCCGCUGCAGCUGUUGUUCCGGUUCCCGGGUUAAAUGUAGCCGUUGAUAUUGCCCUGUUAUCAAACGAAGUGAGUCUCUACAAAUCCCAGCUUGGCCUGCCCGAGGAAGAUUCAAUCGAAUUCAGAAAUAUGUCGCCGGAAAACCAGGAUAGAAUUCGCAAAUUUUGCAUCACAAGUGCCACACAAUUUGCAGGGUUUCUUGCCAGGUACGGUGCUGGAUCCGCAGUUGAGGAAUUCUCUCGUUUCAUCCCGUUUAUUGGCCUCGCAAUUGCCGGAGGAAUUUCCUUCUCAUCCACUUACCAUUUCCUCCAUCAAUGCCUCGACGAACUGGAGGGAACCGCUGUUAAGUUUUUGGAUGAAAUGACCACGCGGACAGUUGAUGAUAUGGACGACAUUGAAUAAUUUCCUUUAAAACAACUUUGCAAAAGAUCUAGACCAAUAAAUUUAACUAGUCCGCGAUUUAGGUAUAGCUAAACCACUAGAGUUCACUGAGUUCACUGUUCUUUAAGGAUCAUUAUAUUCAUUAUCAUUACUAAAUAUAGACUAUUGUUAUUAGCAUUGGAGCAAUUGUUAGAUAAACAUAUACUAAUGAUACAAAAUAAGUAUUUUAAAAUCUAGCAUUUACCUGUAGACGUUGCAAA